AUGGACCGCCUCCUUGGGAGGAUCAGGAAGGUGGUUUCCUACUUCCACCGAAGCACAACAGCUGCUCAUGUGCUUAAGACAAAGCAAGAAAUGCUAAAGCUGCCUACUCAUAAGCUCAUACAUGAUGUCCCAACAAGGUGGAACUCCACUUAUGAUAUGUUGGAGUGUUAUCUGGAGCAGCAGGCAGCUAUAUACUCUGCAUUGACCGACAAGACCCUGAAGAAAAAUGUCAAAGACAUCAUCACCCUGUCUGAUGAUGAUGUGAGAGUGGCAGAGGAGGUCCUCCAGGUGCUUAAACCCCUCAAAACUGUUACAUCUCUGCUGAGCACUGAAACUUCACCAUCCGUGUCAAUGAUCCUGCCGCUGAAAACAAGGAUUCUACAAUCCAUGGCUCCAAAUCUACUGCCCUGGAUCCGAGGUUCAAGUCCCUGUCUUCACAUGGACCCUGCCCUACGCCAGAGGACAUACAGUGACCUCACCACUGAGAUUGUGAGCAGUCUGGGCACUGAAGACUGUGAUGAGGGUCAAGCUGCAGAGCCAACAGGAGCAAACUUGGACACAUCUCCUCCACAAAAGAAGUCGGCGAUUGCAGAGCUUUUUGGAGAGACCUUUUCCAGCAAAGACAUGGACAGCAAGACUCCUGCUGACAUCAUCAAAGAGGAGGUGGCAUCCUACCUGGCAGCAAGCGGCAUUACAGUGGAUGGUGAUCCACUGACAUGGUGGAAAAGCAAUGAGUGUAAAUACCCUCAUAUUGCCAAGAUGGCAAGAUGCUAUCUCGCUGUGCCAGGCUCUUCAGUUCCUUCCGAGAGAGUGUUCUCAACAGCAGGGGACAUAGUGACUGCAAAGAGGUCCACACUCUCCCCAGACAAUGUAGACAUCCUUGUCUUUUUGAAAAAGAAUUUGAAAUUAUAAGCUCAGGUAUGCAUUGCUUUCUUUCUUUUAUUCUUCUUUGAUGAUGUGGACAUAGGCUUUAUUUCACUAUCCAUGUUUAAAGGAAGGAGAUAUGCCUUUUUAUGUUGCACUUUAAGUUGUUUUUCAUUAAUUAUGUUAAAAAGAAGAUAUUAUGCCUUGUGCACUUUAAGUUGAUUUUAUAUAUUUUAAUUUAAUAAUUUAAAAGUGUUAAUAAACAAAAAGACAAAACUUAUGUUUAUUUGUCUUGUCUUUUUUUUGCUGAUCCGAAAAAUGAUCCGAUCCGUGACUCUGAUCCGAGAAACGAUCCGAACCGUGAGUUUUUUGAUCCGUUGCA